AUGAUAAUCGUAAGUUUUCAGUAUGACGAUUUUUGGUAUGACCGGUACAGCGGUUAUAGACCGCUAUACAAAAGCUCCUAUUAUCCGCGUCGUUACUACCAUCCGGACGUAACACCUAAUCCACACUACUGGAAUGGCCCGUACACUGCCUGGACGAAGCACAGAGGAUUCUGGUACGACUACAACUCACCGUAUUACUACCGAAGAUAUUUCACUUAUUUCGACGAUUACCCACGCUACAUUUACUCGCCAUGGCGUACCAGAGAUUAUUAUACACUGUAUGGCCGCUACUAA